CUGGUCCGUUUAGAUCUUCAUGAACUGCUACUGGAGGAGAAAGGAGAACGUGUCGAUCAUUAUCUGUCUUCAUGCGAAGGCAUACGUUGGAGACGAGAACUUCAAAACAAACAGUUUGACAAAGCUUCUCAGAGCUUAUUGAGCUUGGCUGAUCGUGAGAAUUCUGAUGUGAAGCGACAGAGGCAUCUCUAUGCCUUUGCGAAGCUAGCUGCCGCUUGUAGUGAUGCAGCAUCUGAAGAUGUGAUUAACGAGGCUAACAGGAAACUGGUGCUUAUCAAACAUCAAUCGUUGAUUCCUGAAUCUUUAGUCAAGAAUGUUUUCCCUGAUAACCCUAAUCGUCCACUGACUGCGCUGGAAAUAAUCGAGUUGAAUAUGCUUGAUCCGGAGAUUGUAGAAGGACACAAAAGGGCCCUAUAUCUGGCGGCUAGGCUUCUCAAAGAUGGAGACAGUGCAGAAUUGCGUACACAAGUGAAGAAAAUAUGGUGUUCAGCUGUGAACAACAGCGAUUGGAAACAGGUGACCAACCUCUACGAAGUUGCAGACACCCCUUAUGGUGGUGUUCUCAGAGCUAUGUCCGAAGACGCUGAUCCAACAGAAUCAUUACUGCAAGUGCUUCCACCCAGCGAUGCAUUGCUGAGGGAAUGUAAAAAGGUAAGGUUUGUGACACACCUUACCUUAGGUACUUAUUAG